CUUGUGACUACAAUGUCAAAGCGUCUUUAGCCAGUAUUUGAAGAACAAUGGCCGACCGUGCUCGAGGCGGUUCACUUGAGCCGCCAAGUCACAGAAAUGCUGGGCAUAAUGAGGAGCAGGGGCUUCAGCGUGGUGGAGCGGGGCGGCAGCGAGCACCAAAAGAAGCAGCUCCCGCGCAAGCUCCGCCCGCUCCAGCAGCGUUUCAAGCAAGUCCCGGCAACACGGUCGCGGAGCUUGUGAAGCGCUACCGGUCUCUGAAGAAGGAGUACCUGUCGCGGCAGCGCGAGAAGGCGGUCAGCGUGCUCGCAGCCAACAAAGCCUCCCUGGACCAAUUCGUGGCGCACCGCCUCGCCAGUGUGGGCGUGGGCGUGGGCGUGGGCUCAGCCUCCGCCCUCCCCGCGGCCGCGCCCUCGCUGCCCAUCCCCAAGCUCGGGGACGUCAACACAGACCCGCCCGGCUCCUAUCUGCCACUGCUGCCGCCGCCAGAGGCCCGGCCCCGCAAUGUGCUGCCGCUGCCGCUGGCGGAGCGCCGGGUCGGCGUCAGGCUGCCGGGCGGCGGUGGCAGCGGGGCGGGCGGCGGCGGCGGGGCGGGGGCUGGGGGUGGGUCGGAGAAGGGGCAGCCCAGCGUGCGAACACACGUGCGCGUGCUGCCGCCCGUGCAGCCGCCCCCCGGCUACACCACCUGGUCCUACCUCAAGCGCAACGAGCUGGCUCGCGACCACGGCCGCCGCAUGUUCCUGGUGGACGAGCUGGGAGAGACGGUGCCGGCAGACGACGGCGAGACGGAGGAGCGGCUGCCGUGGGAGGACGCGGACGGCGCGGCAGUGGACUGGGCCAUGAGCCGAUUGGCGGAGGAGGCGGGCUGGGAGGACGCAGACAUGCUGGAGGCGCUGAUGGACGCUCUGCGGCCGCAGCCCCAGCCCGAGGCCAUUGCGCAGCGACUGGCCUACCUGUACCGCCUCACACUCACAGACGACAAGCGGGAGCACAUGGAGGUGGAGGAGGUGCUGGACGCCUUCGUGGGCUCCUUCUGCCGCCGCUGCCGCAUCUACGGCUGCAGGACACACAGCGGCGGCCAUGUGAAGCCGCAUCAGCGCCCCGCGCCGCCGCCCCCCGACACCAGCCCCACCCCCUGCGGCCCCCACUGCUGGAAGAAGCAGCAGCAGCAGCAGCAGCAGCAGCAGCAGGGGAGAGGUGGGGGCGACAGGGCGGCGGCGGGCGAGGAGGCAGGCGGGGGGGACGCGAUGGACGUGGAUGGCGGAGCAGGGGCGGCAGGGGCGGCAGCAGCGGGGGCUGAGGGGCCGCAGGGGCGCGGCGGUAGCGGCAGUGGCGGCGACGGCGGCGGCGGCGGGUCUGGGUCAGGCGGCGAGGCGUGGAGUGUGUACGAGGUGUCACUGGUGGAGCAGGGGAUACAGGUGUUCGGCCCCGGCAAUCCCUGCAUGGCCGCACUGCUGCUGGCGCCGCGCCGCACAUGCGCCCAGGUGAAGGCGGCCAUGGACCGGGUGGAGGCGGAGGCGGCGGAGGCGCGCCGGGCCGCGGCGGCGGCGGCAGCAGCGCAGGCGGCGGCGGGACGGGGCGGCCGGGCUGGCGAGGGUGCUGGCGGCGGCGGCGGCGGCGGCGGUGUGUUGGGCCCGGACGGCGAUUUGGAUUUGGAGGCGCUGCGGGCGUCGUCCAUGCGGCGUAAGGGCGGUGGCCGGGCAAAGAAGGCUCUGCUGUCCAGCCGCGGCGAGCGCUCUCUGGUGGUGGCGGGUCGCGCCGCACACGGCCCCGCGGACCAGUGGCAGGACUACCAGCCCUGCACCUGCGAGGGCAGGUGCAAGGCCGACUGCCCCUGCGUGGCCGCGCGCAACUUCUGUGAGAAGUUCUGCGCCUGCAGCGCCGCCUGCAAGGAGAGGUUCCGCGGCUGCACGUGCAAGUCGGGCUGCAAGAACAACAUGUGCCCCUGCGCCGCCGCCGGCCGCGAGUGCGACCCAGAUCUGUGCGCCGGCUGCGCGCCCACACUGGAGGGCCGGGCUGAGCCAGGUCGGGAGUGCGCCAACAUGCGGCUGCGGCUGCGGCAGCACGCCCACGUGGUGCUGGGCACAUCCGACAUACCGGGCGCGGGCUGGGGCCUGUUCGCUGCGCAGUACGUGGCGCGCAACGGCUUCCUGGGCGAGUACACCGGCGACCUGAUCACACAGGACGAGGCCAACAGGCGAGGCAGCGUGUACGACCACAUGAACAACAGGGGCAACAAGCUGCGCUGCGCCAACCACAGCUCUGAGCCAGUGGCCAAAGCCAAGGUGUUGCUGGUGGACGGCGAGAGCCGCAUCGCCAUCUUUGCCGACAAGCCCGUCACGCCCGGCAUGGAGAUCACGUACGACUACAGGUACUCGGAGGACACAGCGCCGCACUGGGUCAACUCCAAGAAGAAGAUGCGCGGAGGCUGAUGAGGAGGAGCGGCGGGCACGUGGCGGCGGAGGGGGGGGGGCGGAACGGCUGAUGAUGAAGGGGAGGAGGAGGAGGAGUGCAGGGUAGGAGCAGGAUCUGUGGGGAAGCAGGAGGACGUGCUGGGGCAGGGGCAGGAGGACCUGGGGCAGGGGCAGGACGGCGGAAAGCAGCGGGUUGGUGCCGGGGCGUUGUGGUGGUCUUUGCAGCAGGUAGCGUGCCCGCAUGUGUGUGUGGUGUGUACCCGUGUGUGUGAACACUUGAACGUGCUGUGGUGUGUACCCGUGUACCGUAUGUGUGUCCUGGCGUGUGAACACUUGUCAUGUGAACACUUGUUGGACGUGCUGUGAGGUGAGGCUGCGGCAGUUGGGAGUGCGGCGCGGGCACAAGGCUGCCGCAGCUGCCCCGCAGAGCUCCACAGAGAGCCCUAGGUGGCUGGCUCGGGCGAGAGCUGGGGAGCUCUCAAGGGCCAGGGCUGGGCACGUGGUGGCUUGGCUGGCUGGGUGGGUGUGGGAUGGGUGUGUUGGGGGGGAAGGCAUUAGGAGGUCAACAGGACGCGCGGUGCUGCGCUGGGGGCGGGGCACAUCGGCAGGUCGUGAGCCUGUGAGGCCGUGGUUGUGACUACGUGAACACGCGUU